UAUCAGUGAAACCCAUCUCUGGAAUUUAGCUUUUAGUCCAGGAUUUUAAGAAUUAUGACUUAUGAUGACAAAUGAUGUUCUUUGCAUUGACGUUCUGUCCACUUGACAGUUUCCGUCGCGAUUUCAACACGCGAAUUCGAAAGUAAAACUAUAACUUUUCAGUUGCCUGUCGAAGUUGGACGUGCUAUAGUCUGAAACGGAGAAUUGAUCGCAAAUAAGACUGCUUUGACCUCUACGAAUUGUAACUUACCAGAAGGACGAAUUUCAUCUGAGAAAGUGUUCGUUCAUACACAUAUCAACCAAAAGACAAGUGCAAAACCGGUUUGCCUUACAGACACGUUUUCAAAAGCCUCCAAUACAAAUCAGCUGUCCGUUCCUUAUACAGCAUGAAGAAUCCAGGAACUCUCACAGCCGAGAAACGUGACUCUCCAAACAGGAAUGAAGUCCAAUAUAAUGGACUGAAAAAUCAAGGUGCCACCUGCUACUUAAAUGCAGUAUUGCAAUGUCUAUUCAUGACCCCAAAAUUCAGAGAAGCAGUGGUGAGUCAUAAAGUGCUUGGAGAUUGUGGUCAGGAAAAUCUCUUGCUACAACUCAAGAAGCUGUUUGAACAGCUGUCAGACAAAGCAGCCUCAACUGAAGGAAUAACCAAGAGUCUUGGAGUAAGAAAUGUUUUUGAGCAACAAGAUGCAGUGGAGUAUUAUCGGAAGAUUUUGAAAGCAAUGGGGACACAUGCCUCUAAGGUCUUUGAAGGGAAAAUGAGCAACAUAACAAAAUGCUGUAAAUGUAGCGAGGAAACCAAAGAAACCAACACCUUCAUCUCAAUACUUCUGUCUAUUGAUGUUGGAAAUGAUGAGAAAUAUGAUGUGAAAAAUGGUCUGAAAACCUUCUUUGAACAUUCAAAACUUGAAGAGGAUGACUGGAUGUACUGUGAUAAAUGUGACCAAAAAACAGAAACAGAAACUUGGAGUGCAAUAGAUGAAUAUCCCACUGUUUUAACUCUGCAUCUGAAGAGGUUUGACUUUGAUUACAUGCAGAUGAGUUACAAGAAGAACGAAUGUUGUCUGGAUGUACCUCCAAGUCUACACAAUGGGGAUAAAUGGCCUAAAUAUGAUCUUUAUGCUGUUAUCAACCAUAAGGGUGGAUACACUGGUGGACACUACGAUGCAAUCAUCAGAUCUUAUGAAAAUGGAAAAUGGUACUGUUUUGAUGACUACACAGUAAGAAAGACUUCAGAAGCAUCACUGAAAAACUCACACCUACCAUACAUGCUGAUGUACAGGAAAGGUACAGCUGUGUUGAGCCCUGACAGCGUACUGCAUCCGAUGAGGAUCCUUCUAAUAGGACCUUCCAGAGCUGGGAAAAGUGCAGUAGGCAACAUCAUCCUUGGUGGAAAUUACUUUACUUGUGGAAGUGAAUCAGAGACUGUGACCAAAAAGUCCAUGGCAAAGACAGUGGGAAAGAUCACUGUAGUGGACACUCCAAACCUCUUUUCCCUUGAUGAACAGAGUUGGAGCCAUGAAAUGGAAAAAUGCAUUGAGUUAUGUGACCCUGGCCCCAAUGUGAUUCUCUGGGUCACACCGAUUUGUAAAUUUAGUGAACAACAACAAGGUCUUUUCCAUGCCUUCAGAAAACGACUAUAUUCAGGAAUGACAAAACAUAUGAUGAUUAUCUUCACAAAUGGCAGAGAGCUUAAAAAACUUGGACAAACCAUUGACACAUUUAUCUCCAAACGCAGCAAACUUUGUAAAGUUGUCGGCAGUUGUCAGAAAAGGUACCAUGUCAUUGACAUCCCUAAUGGCCACAAUUACACUCUAGAACUACUUGAAAAUCUCAGCAAGAUGGUGACAUCAGAGUUUACUGCAAUUUCAAAAAGACAAUUUAAGCAUUGUGUUAGAAGGAAACAUCUUAAGAAGAAGACAAAAAUCCUUAAAACAUUGAAGAUGUUAAAAAGUGAUUAAACGUCUUGAGUCUGGCAGAAAAAUAACUAAAAAGAAAAGUGCACAAAAGAGAAGAUGAAAUCUUCUGGAAGGUGGUGAAUCACUGAAUAUUUAGAAUUUCCUUUUGAUUUCCUUUGCAUUUUCUUUUGUUAUCUAAUUUUUUAGUUUUCACUUAUAUAUUUUCAAAUGAUUUGAGUUAGUCAAGCUUAUUUUUUUCAUGCUAUUUUUUGGUACAAAAAGGGGGUGGGUCAGCUUACCCACUGGCUCAACUUAACUCACUCUCCCCUACUUCCAUUGAAGAUGAGGCAGAAGCAG